AUGAAUCUUAUGAAUCUGUUGUUUUAUCUACUCUUUACUGUCUUUGCGGGAGUUCUAUCGGGAGAGGUUCUCGAUCUUGGGGAUUUGGAACAAUUCUCUCCCAGAACGGAUGUCAAAGCGCCUUCACUCAGUGGAACCACAGUCUGGCUGUCUGGAAAGGAAGGCAAUGGUUACGAUGUGUCUCUCUCAGCCGAGACCCAGUCCAAGAUCCACGGCAUCUUGGAAGCUUGUGGCGAGGUUGACGACAAGUGCUACCAGGAGGUCCGUCAACUGCUUCGCAAUGCGGAUCUGCAGAUCGACGGAGAACUUGAGCGUCGCGGCUUUGUGCAGUUCCUGUCCAAGACGUUCAAGAAAGUCGGCUCUGUCUUCUCUUUCAUCGCUGGGGUCCUUAUAUCCAACUGGGCCAUGAAGCAAGAGAAGCCCACAGGCAUGUUUGUGCCCCAUGAGAUCGCAAGCCAGGCCUCCAAAUUAAAGACGGCUGGAGUAGUCGUCUCUGCAGACGGCACGGCCGUGGCGACUAUCACAUCAACACCAGAUCCGACAGUACUUCAGGGGUCACAGACUCCUUCCGUCACUCCCGUCACGGAGCCAGAGGGAGACAGCUCGAGUGGUGAUCUUGUCGCCUUUCUGGAUGAGGACCUUGCAUCACGUAUUGACGAGGUCAUGCACAGAUCUCAAGACUGCGAUGAUGGCCGUGCCUUUGACCGCGGAGACAAGAUGAGGAGGAAACGCGCAAAUGGCGGUUUUGGCAAAGCCAUCUGCGCGGCGGAGGCAGUGGCAGUCAUGAGUCAAAGGGGGGGCCCGUUCAACGACCUUCUUCUCAACAAUACAGCUCAUCUGUCCUUCGACUUUGCCGAGACGAGCUGGCGCCGUUGCCCGGGCGGCAAAUGGAACCUGCUGUUUGCGUUGGCAGUCAACACAUUGAUUGAGAACAGGCCGGUCAACCAGAAUAAUAGGAUUGAGGCAUCACUGAUCAGGACAGAGGCACCAACGGCUUCGCCGACAAGUUGCCCGGACCCAGAAUCAACCCCACUUCUGUGUGGGUUCGGCAAAGAAACAGAUGAUUGCGACGUCAAGCUCCCAGAAACAUUGGAUGACGAACCUACAUGUAAGGAUAGCGAACACCAAGGCUGCGAGUGCAAUGCGCCUUCGGAGAGCAUUGAGAAUAUUGCUUCUGACGAGGAGCAAAAGUCGAUGAUUAUCAUCGCAGACCUGUUUGAGUCUAUCGGCCCGCCAAACUCCCCGAAAUGCGAACACGAUAAGCUGAGUGAGAUACCGUCCAACGUCUUUUAUUCGUCGAAGAAUAAGGUCUCCAGCCGCUUCUGCGAACAGUGGGAUGAGAGCACCAAGCUUGAGAUGAUUGUCGGUGCUUCAGGCGAGGACAGGAAAGCCCCAGUUCGAGGAGUCGCGUUUCCCUCCAAACGGCGGACUCCCUCUCUCCGGAUCCAAGCAACUACUCCAACCGCGGGCGUUCUCAUGGCCAAGAGCGGCAAGGUGAACGUGGACUGUGGGAUUUUCGACUAUGCGAUUGAAGAGAAGGUCGUCUACUCGCCAAAGGAGCCCCCCAUGCCUGAUCCCAUCACUCCCGCCAAGACGCCCUUGAAGGUAUUCCCUCGUUUCUGCUUCGCCGCCGACGCGUUCGGUGACCACGGCGACAUCCAACCCAGCAUGGUGCGCGAUUACAGCUCGUAUCCCUGUUACAGAUCGUCUGAGUGGCCCAUCAAGCAAGGCGACAAGUCAACGUUCCGACGGUGGGCGACCGUGACGAAUGAUGUGCCUUAUCAAUUCAACAUUUACUGGAAGCACGGUUGCGUGUCGGAAGGACCGGAUGAGGCGUAUUCUACGGACCCGUUCAACAGCGGGAAGCUGGACUACAAGCUUUGCUAUGACACUAUGCGGGACAACUACAGAAAGUGCAACAAUGGCGGUGUAGGCGGGAAUAUCCAGAUUGGAUGCCUGGUCUACGAGUUCAAGGCGCAGACGGUUCAGUAA